CGUUAUAUCUUGUCGAUAUCUAUUUUGGUAAUAUAAAGUGUUAUCGGUAACAUAAAUAUUUUGCGAAGAUCUACAAAUUUUAUCAAGCGAUGAUACGCAAUAGUUGUUAAAUGUUAUUUCUAAUGAAGAAAGUAAAAUAUACAACUGUUCAAAUUAAUUGGAUCAAUGUUGAUGAAAGUACAAGACAAAGCAGCAAAAUUGAGAUACAAUAUCGAAUACAUGAUAUAGGCUGUUUGUUGUUCAUUCUAUAAGUAAUGGCAUUAUAACAAUGGCUUCAUAUAGCCCGAAACUGAACAAGAAGGAAUUCAAUAAUUGGUUUAAAGCUCAGUUAGCUGUACUUUUGACCAAAGAAGGAAUUGAACCUUUUGUGUAUAAUGAAAUUCAAGCAUUUCAAUUAGAAUGUUUAGAUAAUAUAUGCUACAACAAUAAACUUAUUAAUGGAAGUGUAUGUUCAAGUUGCUCCACAGAAAAUAUUAUCACGUGCCCUACUUACAGAAUUUGUAAUGUUGGGCAUGGAAACUGCAGUUAUCAUCGAAAUUCGGAAACACAGUAUAAUCCUGCUGGCUGUCCCAAUAAAAUAUGUGACAAAUUCAACACUCAAAUAAAAUGUGCGCAUAGAUACUACGUACCUUCGUAUAAAAACACGGAUGCGACUCAGUGGUGCAGUAGUCCCUGGGAGGUAGCUAAAUGCUUUAUGCCCCCAGAUGGGUAUGCAGAUAAAGUAUCACCAACAGAUACAGAUUUCAACGGAAUCAUCAGUAUUAUUUCUAACUUCAAGGACUUUUCUUUGAAAUUGGAUGCAACGCUUAGUGACAGGAACAAUAUCUUUGAACAGGCAAGAGAAAUUGGUAGACGUUUAAGACAUUCUUCAAGAUUAGAAGUUACGGACAAGGACCUUCAGCAAUACUUCAAAGUGUUACGUCAACUACUGUCUGAUUCCAAAUAUUUAGCUACAGACAAACAUGCACAAAUUGCCAAACAAAACCUCAUUGAUCUCGAAAAUGACUCAAUGAAAAUAAGUAAAGGUGAUGUAGACAAAGCGCUUGGCGAAGCAGAAACGGCAGAUCUGGAUAAAAUUAGAACUGAAAUUGAUGACCUGAAGAAAUUAUAUGAGAUUAUUAAGCUAGAUACUAUUAAAACAACCAAACACGCUAUAGCUUCUAUUAGAGAGGUAACUGAAAAAGGUAAACAAGACUUGUCCGAUUUAGCACAGAACAUGUUUCAACUGCAGAGUAAUAAAAAUGGGGAACAAUAUGACAAUAGACAAAGACUAAAAAAUGAUUUGAUUGCAUUGUACAAGACGAAUUAUAGUUCAGUUCCUCUUUCUCCACUGGUUGAAGAAUACGAUUCCCCUCUUGCUGGCUUUUACGUCAUGCCAGAAAUUCAUAUGCAGACUGACGUAUUCGCCAGAAAAAAGGAAACAGCUAGAGUUAAGUCGUUUGAAGACCUCUUUUCGUCGGGAAGCAAGAUUGCAAGAGAAAUAUAUUUAUCUGCUGAUGCUGGGUUUGGGAAAACGGCAUUUUCAAAAUAUCUUGCUACGGCGUGGUGUCAAGCUCAUCAAAAGGAUGGAGGCGAAAUAUGCGGCUUGUUUAAAGAAGAGGAGCUAAAAGCCUUAGCUGGAUUUGAGUUUGCAUUUUUGGUGUUGUUAAAGGAUUCUGCAAAUGUCUGUGAUAUUGACAUAAUGAUCGACCAACAAAUUAUAGGAAAUCUCCCGUGUACAUCGUCACUUCCUGAGAAUCUCUUUAAGGAAAUUUUAGAUAAGGAAAAAUGCUUAAUCAUUCUAGAUGGACUUGAUGAAUGGACACACCCAAGAGACGAUUGUAAAAGACUUCCAAAAAAUAUUCCUCAUCGAUACGCUCGGGAAAACUGUGUAAUUUUGACAACGACUCGACCAUGGAAGCUAGGAUAUGUAAACCUUAAAAAGAGUCAAACAGACAAAAUAAUAGAGCUGAUUCAAUUAAAUGACGAAUCCGCAAGGACAUUGACAAUGAAUGGUAUUCAGAAGAUGAAGAAAGGACUAGAUGCUGACGAAUUGGCGAGUCAAACGAGCAAAUUACAUAAAGUAAUAUUUGAUCGUGGUUUGAAUGACCUAAAGUCUGUUCCACUUAUACUGAUGUAUAUUAUUAGUCUGUGGUGUGACGGUAAACCGAUUGGAGAGUCGAAAUGUCAAGUAUAUACUAGUAUCAUUGAACUCCUUCUUACGAGGACAGUGAAUAACUCAUCAGAUCUCAAUACAGCAUUUGAACAAUCUCAAUGUACUCUUCCCAAAUGCUUCGAGGAGCUUGAUACUGAAAAUUAA